GCAGAACCAGAAAAAGAAACGGUGGUGUUGGGAGAGGGGGAAGGCGGGUAGGCAGGUAGUCGGGGUGACACGUGACCAGGCUACUGUUGGUAGGGCACUGUGGUAUAUCGGGUCUAGGGGGGAGCAAGCAAGUACCACAUAGAAAUUUGUUGCUGUACGAGGUGGCCCCUAGCACAAUAGUAGAUUACGGACGAAGACUCGACCCAAGACCACAAGCCAAGCGCUCACUCACAGCAGCAGAGUCUCUCGUAUGCCGCCCUCGGUGAAAGGUCUCGCGACUCGUUGACAGGUUUUUUCCAUGCUGCACGGACUACCUGACAUCACCCGCCGCUCUUCCUCCGACGGAGCUAGCCCCAUAGCGAUGACCCAUAACCCCACCAUGUCCAACAAGUCACGUGGUCAGCAGCCCAAGCGGCGGGCGUUGGACAGCGACAGCGACGACACAGAUGCAAAGACUCUGUGGAAGCAUGCAGUGCGGGCACCGGACGUGCAAGGUCUGUUGCGGAAGGUGGAGGACAUGGAGCUGCGGUUGGAGGAGCUCGAGAACCUCAUCGGACUGCAGAGGAUGGACUCCGAAAAGCGACAGCAGCAGAAGAAAGAGCUGGAACAGUCUCGACAGGAGAUUGCAGAGCUGCGCAAACAGCUGCAGGAAGCCAUGGUUACCCUGGAGACGCGAAACAAAGAGUUGCAGGACACGCAGAAGAAAGUGGAGACACUGACCAACCAGUCCACUGCAGACAGACAUAAAAUUGACCGACUAGAGAACGAGAACAAGAAGCUGCAGCAGCUGGUCGGGGAGCUGGAGAACAAGCUGAACGAUCGCAUCAAGAAGAUCGGGAAGCUGGAGCGGCAACUGAGCGACGUGCAGCGCGAACUCAACCAGACGCACACCAGGGUCAACAGCCUGGAGACCGGCCUGCAGCAGCUGCAGCAAAAUUUUGCAGCACUCGUCGCCGGCACCUUGCCGACCUCGUCCACGACCCCCGAAAAACCCAGUCCACGCCAACCAUUAGCUUCUCUGGGACUUCCACCGAUUGCUAUUCCUGCUUCCAUGCAGAAUCAGAGCAACAGAGGAGGGCAAGCAAUGAAUUUUCCACCAAAAUAACAGCCUGUGUUCUGCUUUUGAUGUUUCUUUUUUCUUUUAUGUUUAUAUAUAUUUUUUUCUCUUGCUGUCUUACUAGACAGGAGCAUAAUGAUGUUACCUCUGACAAGAAAGAUGAUGUGAAGCAAAUGUGCUCGUCUUUUCUUCCAAAUGUGGAGCAUUGCCAGUAAUGCCAGUCG